AUGAUGCGCUCACCAGGUUUGGAUAAUAGUGCGUCAAUUGACCAGGUCAUUCAGCGCGAACGCGGCAAUUCGAUGGGGGAGAGGGGUUAUCAAAUCGGACGCGCUGAAAUCAGUCAAGAUGGAAGUAUUAAUCGGACACAGCCAUUACCAUCAAUGACCGCAGCCUCGAAUUACAGAAGCGAUUACACAAAUACCUCUCCUCCGCCCGUCAGAAAACGCGAUGAGCGUCAUGUACUUCCAAGAGGUUACUCGAAUGAGAAUUCUUUAUCGAGGAGGAGAAGUAUCAGGCAGGAUGACGACGAGAGCAGCAGUGGAAGGAGCGGGCGCACUGCGACAUUAAAUGGCAGUCCAGGGAGUGCUCAUGGAAGUAGCCAAUUUACUGGAUCGAAACCAGCAAAUAUUACGGAUUUUUUCAGCCCGGAAGUCUUUCGAGUUGUGCUUCAUAAUCCUACGACUGCACAUCGACUUUUGCGGUUUUGCCAAAGCAGGGCAUGUGGUGAGAAUAUGGAAUUUUUGCAAAAGAUGGAAGCUUACCAUAGAUUAAUCGACGAAAUGACUCAACUCUUAGGAACGGUUCAAACAACCUACGUCUCAGCCGAUGCUCCUCGUCAAUUAAAUUUAUCUCAUAGUGAGAUUAAACGAGUAGCAGGCGACAUAAAAGAAGCAACAAAGUAUACUAUACCGAGUUUGGAGAUGGUCUUUGCGGGUGCUCAAGAUCAGGUCGAGGCUAUCAUUGCAAAUGAUAUAUAUCCCAGAUUUGUGAAGCAUCAGGUCACAGCAUCUGCUACUAUGGCACUUGCGAAUCACCGAGAAAGAUUUCAAGGUUUAGGAGAUUGCUUUUGCUUGACUGACCCUCGAACAGCCGAUAAUCCCAUAUUAUACGCCUCUGAUGGAUUUGUACAUGUUACAGGAUAUUCUCGCAAAGACAUCAUUCCUCGCAAUUGCCGAUUUCUUCAAGGACCCGCUACUGAUCCGGGCGCGCCACGACGUCUACGAGUUGCGAUCGACAAUUGCGAGGAGACUGUAGAACUUCUUCUUAAUUAUCGCAAAAAUGGUGAUCCAUUCUGGAAUCUUCUUUACGUCGCUCCGCUUUACAAUGAGAAGGGUGAAGUUGCGUACUUUUUAGGAGGCCAGAUCAAUUGCAGUACUACCAUACACACUUUCACCGACGUAUUAAAAGUCCUUAGCAUCAACGACGAUGAAUUGGAUAUGCUGGAUAGUAUGGGUCAGAGCAAGGCACCGAGUGUUAAGAGCCAAGCUGUGAAGACCAAAAGCUCAUUUUUUAAGAGCUGGAGAAAGUAUCAUGGCUCUGUGGACAUCACUCCCCGUAUCGUAGUACGGGAAGAACCUGGAAUGGAGGGCGAAUUAGUUGAGAAGCUCGGAAGACUAACCUUCAAAACUCAAGUUGAAGCUUUCUACACCGCGUAUUCCAAGUAUGUCGUCCUAGACUACAACUCCGUAAUGCAAACCCUCCUCAUCUCCCACUACUCCCCCGGCGUAAUCGACAUGCUUUGUCUCAACCUCCCCAACGGCAACGUCGUUCCCAUCUACAACAAAGAAAUCUUCAAAGUCCUACAGGACUACGCAUCAUCCUCUGCCAGCUCGUCUCGCUCCAAGGACUUCCGCAAUACAGUCAAAGAAGCGCUGAGAGGCGGACGGGCUGUGAGCGUGGAAACGGGACUCCUAACCGGCUUUGAGGAGAAGAAGGGAGGAGGCGGGUGGUUUGGGGGCAGUGGUGGGGAUAAAGAGAAGAUUAUGAGGGUGGAGGAGAGAUAUGUUACGCAUUGGACGCCGUUGAAGGAUGAGCACGGGAGGGUUAGACAUGUGGUUCUUACUAUUGCGCCGAAGAGCUGA